AUAAAAUUUUUGGUGGAAUGUUACCGAACUUAUUAGUAAAAAAGACACGAAAUGCUUUCAGCUGUUUAUAAAAAUGCAUUUGAAUGUUAAUAUUUUCCAACGAAUUCUAUAUUUAUGCUGCUCGACAAAUUUCAUGUAACACCUGUUUUGCAAUAUCCAUAAAUUGUUUUUGUUAUUAUGGCGGGAAUUUUAUGUAUUUUUUGGAUAAGAGAGGACCAGUUAUUAAGACCCUCCUCAGAGCAAACAGCCUUGAGCAUUUGUUAUACUUUUUAGGAGCCUAAGUUACGACGGGAAAGUGCAAAGAUUUUCAAAUAAUUUCUUUAAAAAAAUAUAUGGCAUCAAAAUUUUUGAUAUGGAAAAUCUUGAAUGUAAUACUUGUUUUACCAGUAUUCGUUUGUGGAAAACCGGCAUGCAGAACUCGUUUCCGAACAGAGGUCAUAUGUGUCGCGGGAACAGAUGAUUACGUACUACAAAAAGGAUUAGUAUCAGACAAUAACCAAACCGCCGCAAUCACACUUAAGGGUUGUCGGAUUACAGGCGUAGACUCUGACGCCUUUAAAAAUGUCUACAGUGUGCAAGAAAUCGAUUUGUCACAAAAUAAAAUCAGUGCUCUAAAAACAGAAGUUUUUAAUGGAAUGUCAAGACUUUCGUUAUUGCGUUUAUCAAAGAAUUUAUUGACGUCUCUACCUCGAGGACUUUUUGACAACUUACCGAGGUUGCAGAGGUUGGAUUUAAGUAAUAAUAAAAUUAGUUCUUUAGAAUCGGGCAUAUUUAAUAAUUUGCCAGAAUUAAUACGUCUCGAAUUGAUUGGAAAUGCUUUGUUAGGUAAAGAUUUAGAUCCAUCACUUUUCGACAGGAAUCCCAAGAUGCAGUUUUUACGUCUCUCAGGAAACAAUAUGUCACAUGCACCAGAUCAGCUUUUCAAUGCUUUCCGAGAACUGAGAAUCUUGGAUUUAAACAAUUGUUCUUUGACAGAAAUACCAAAAUUUGUGAAAACUCCUAAUAUGAAAACACUGGAACGGUUGUCAUUGCAAAUAAAUAAAAUAAGGAGAUUAGAUGAUCCAUCAUUAUUUGAAAAGUUUGAAAAACUGUCAUCGUUAGAUUUAAUUAGCAAUGAGAUUGAAUAUUUACAUGAAGACGUUUUUAAACCACUGGAGAAUCUCAAGGUCAUAGAUUUAUCAUUCAAUAAGAUUGAGCACAUACAGGAAAAGUUGUUUCAAAAUAUGCCCAGUGUACAGAGUAUAGACUUAUCAAAUAAUUUAAUAGAGGUUGUUCCAGUGAAUGCCUUUCGGGGAACUCGUUUGAAGAAAUUAAAUUUGAAUACAAACCAAAUAUCAUACUUAGGAAACAACUUCUUGUUAGAACUAAGAAAUUCUGCAACAAAACUGUCAGAGUUUAAUUUUGGUGACAAUCCAUUUCAAUGCGCAUGUUUACUGGAUAUUUUGAACGAAGUCAAAUCCUUCGGCGUCGCGUAUAAUUACGACAAGUACAAUGGGGAACAUGAAGUGUGCGUUAUGACCAGUCAGUUUACAUGUAUGAGAUUUAAGGCUGAAUUAGAUUCUAUUGAUAUGCGAUAAAUGUUGAAGCCAUAGAAUCUUAUAUUUCUAUGAACAAUGGUACGUUUGGUCCACAUUUGGACAAGGGUUUUAAGCUUGGUACCUAGUAAAUGAUCUUAAAAUCCUUUUUUAAGAGUACACGUUUUUAAUAAUCUUAAGAUUAAGAUAUAGUUCCUGCCUGUUAUAUUUCCACUGAAGGUGCUUUACUAGUUAUUAUAGGUACGAUACACGUAUUGAAAUUUCACUAGUAGAGGGAAGCAUCUUAUUAGAGUUAGCAAAUAUACCUCAAGUAACAUUUAUCUCCGAUAUGGCGUAGGUGCAAUAAUUUUUUUUCACUUAUGUUGUAGGAAUGCUACGGCGAAUUUUUUCUACUGGUUGCUUGAGUAUCAUGAAUCCUAUUUAUGAGAUAACAUAAAGUACAAAAUAACAUUCAUUACUCUAUUACUGUUUAAAUUCUGUAUCGAAUGAAGUUACUAUAAAAAUAUUUUAAUGCGGUUUAACAUAGUUUUAAAAAGGUAUAAUAUGUGUUUCUUGCCAGUGGAUUUUGCUAACCUUAAUGUUUUGUGUAUUUUCUCUUAAUUGUUCGUGUGAAUUUUCCAUCUUUUAGACAGUGUAUAUAAAUAAUAUAGAUUGUUUAGUAAGUAGCAGGUUAAUUGUUUAAAACUCAUGUUCACUUUACGACGUCUAAAGUAUAAUUAAGAAAAUAUUUGAGUGUCUGAGAAAGCAAUGUAUAACUGGCCGAGUAGAAUAAUUGUAGACAAUUUGAAGCUGUUUUUAUAACAAAUAAAUUUACGAUUGUUUGUAUUUCACUACGUG